CCGAUAAGAAGCAAGGUUUUAAAAAGUUUCAGAGGGAAUUUGGCGCACGUGUUCCUAGAUCGGUCAAAGCUACUAGACCAGAGUGUGAAAUGACCUUCGUACAUAAAAUCGAACCUCAGUACAUUCAGGAGAAGGUCUCUAGCCACGAGGAUACAUCACUUCCAGAAAUUCUCCCAGAUUCCAUCAUCCACGAGGACGGGGUCGCUCUCGCUAAGAUCUCGACAUAUUACGCCGUAUGUAGGAAAGACAACGAACAGAUCGAAAAGCUCUAUCCUAUAUUUAUCGCGUUCCCGACUCGUUCAUGCGACUUCUUGUACCAGCUUGCUCCGACCCAAUCCUCUGCACCAUCUAUUCUGGGCAAGUUUUAUCUUUUCCUGGGCGAAUAUUACCAUCCGGAAUCGAGGGAAUUGGCGUCAGACUACCGAAUAACGGCUCUUUGAGCGCUGCUCUAUCACUAACUCGAAAAGAUCUCACACGGUGUUCCCUAUUGUUGCAAGCUGCUUCAAAAUUGAGCGACUCCAUCCGAAAUGGGAAUUCAUUGAAUCAGCAGUCUCCCGACCCUGGAUAUUGUCCUGAAACCAAACUACGCGCCCUCUACUCUUCGCAUAUACCCGCAGGGAUAUAUCGGGAGACGCACCCCUUGCUCUCCAUUUCGUCGCAAAAUUGGAAUAGUGAAGAGCUGGAAACAGAUAGUGAUAGAACAUGGUUUGUAUCAGCCAUGAUGCUACUUCCAAUCGCAUAUGGCUGUGUUCAUCUUGGAACGUUAAACUUUGUCUUUCCGACGUCCAUCGAGAGGUUACUUUGGAAGAUUUCAUGCAUAAUCCUCAUCUCAUGCGGGGCCUCUAUCGGGGUGUAUUACUUUAUGGUUUAUGCUACAGGUUUGCUUAGCAAACUUUGGCGAAGGUUUGGGUUUGGAAGAAACAAGCAAAUUGAUCAAGAUACCUUAACGAACGCUCAUAACACAAUUGACAAUCCACUGAGAUUCGUCAAGAGACAGGUCUAUUACUGGCUAACGGACGAUCUCUUGGGAAGGUCUCAGUACGCAAUAGAGGCUAUGGGGUUCUUUGAAGCAAUGUUGUUCUGCAUUGUAUGUGUGCUGUAUUGUUCUGCGAGAUGUUAUGUCGUCUUAGAGUCCUUCAUCUCAUUGCGCCGUGUGCCGAUUGGAGUCUAUCAGACCCCCGCAGGCAACUUCUUGAAUUAUAUACCUCAUCUAUAAAAUAGUCGUUCUUUCUAGGUCUGUAAAUGGUCUACGCAUACUGGAAGAUUGAUUUUCGUUGCAGGAAGCUUUCAAGUUAUUGUAAUGUGAGAAGACAAAGCUAGGUAAUGAAAAUUGGACCAAAAUGUUUCUCCACCCAUGCCGCUGAGCGACCUUCACGGCUAUCAAGUAUCUUUAGGACGUACAUAUGGUGCUUACUUUUCCUGUCAUCGAGCCCCCGAGCGUCCCAGCGUUCCAGCGUCCCAAUGAAAACAAUUGUUGCCGAUCACGUGCCUUCUCCCCUUUUCACCUUUUGCCCGGCACCUCCUAACCGAGACAGCCGACCAUAUCCGAACCGCCAAGCCCUACGAACCAUCUCCAAGCCACCAUAAACAUCUUUGGUC